CUUGGCGCUUGCCCGCAUUCGAAAGGCCUUCCCGUGGCGCCGGCCGCAGCGCGCUGCAGGCAUCCGAGCCUGGCGAUGGGGGCGAGCGGUGUGCCUGGCGCCUUUGUCAGUUCUUCAGCAAGUUUAGAUGAUUGUUUUUCUUCCCUAAGGGAUCUGCGUGCUGUUCAGCGCUUCAGGCCGGAGCUGCGGUAGAGGCCGCGAGGGAUGCCGAGCUGCGACUUGGCAAACUGAAACAUGACUGAUACAGAUGAAUCCCAUGCUUCUGGCUGUGAUUACCCUGAUGCCCAAGAGCUGCUCAGCCAUCAGCAGAGGGAGCCAUCUGAGGUGUAUUCAUGGCAAAGGAAUACAGGAACACAGCGUUCGGAGUCAAGGCAGAAAGCGGCUGCUCUUGGGGAGUCUUCAGAUCAUCCUAACAGCAUGUCUAAAUCAUCAGCAGCUUCAGCUGAGGUUUUACUGAUUAGCAGUGAUUCAGAAACUGAUGCCUCUGCUUCUUACCCUGAGUGCUCCAUUGCACCUUCAAAGCAGAAAAGGAGAUCUCAAUCUUCAAGGCAACAAGCUGAAUCUGUUACAGGAGUACCUGGCAAUGAAAGCUCCUCAGAUUCUUCUCUGUCUCCCCAAAGUCCAGCGAAAUCAUUGGAAGGUUCCAAGCAGCAGAAGUCAAAACUCAAUUUGAAGGCCAUUUUUGCAUAUCACUUCAGAGGAAAGAAGUUCAAAGCCGCUGCACACCGAAAAUACAAAAUUCACUCAAAGAAGAAAAAGAAAAAGUAUGAGAGCACACAGAUGCCCACAGGGAGGCCCCCACUGACAGCCUCGCCUCAGGAACAAAAAAGGAGGCUUUUGGACAGAGGUUUUCAAUUCCCUUUUGUUGAAGAACAUUAUGGGAAGAAACAUAUUCCCUUAAAGAUGGUUCUUGGCUAUGAGCAGGCAGCUGCAAAGGGAUUUUUCAAAUAUAUUGAAGUGCUUAAAUAUGAGGAGCAUCUUAAAAAAGCUUUAAAAGCCCUUCAGGCCAGUGAUGACUUAGAAAAAGAGUGUGUGGUGUUACGGAAACACAAAUACUUAGAUGACGAAGGCCCCAUUUCCCCUAUUCAGGAGACAGAUGAUGAUGAGGACAACUUGAAUUCUGAUACUCAGGAACAACUUGAUGCCAGAGUAGUGGAGAACAGCUCUUUCAUUCUAAGUAGCACAAUUCCCAGUAAAAAAAAGUCAAAGCCAGGAGGAAAACGUGCAAAACCACCUGAAGUGAUUGAAAUAGUGGAUGAAGAAGAUGGUGCUGAAGACAACUCGGUGCCUCUGCAAGGCUCACCUCGGUGAAAAGCAGAUGAACAAAUGAGGUGGCAGUGGUUGUUCUUCAAAUGCCUCUUUCAUGAACCUCUUUGGUUUAAAACAUUGGUCUGGAGUCAGUUUUGAGCUCUCCACACAGCUGCCUUGGCACGUUUGCCUUACUUUUAUGUUGCUUUUGGAAGAUGAAAUACUUCUUGGUUUUCUUGCUGCACAAGGUAGAGAACUGCACUAGGAAGCACAUCGGGUUGUUUGAGGAGGGUAUGUGAGAUUCUGGACUCCUCACCACAAUUACCUCGGUUCAAGCUACCUGUCUCUAGAACUGGAAGCGUUGGUAACUGUCAGUUUCCUCUACUGCUAACAGGCUGUUUGCUGACCUUCUGAUUCAGGAAUCCAUUACUUGGGUGGACAUCUGUGCAACAUGGUGUAGCAAAAGAGGGGCAUUCCUGUGAUGUGUGGAACAGAUUGGAAAACCUCUACACAAGUGAAGUGCACCUGAAGUCCAGUCUGAACUAGCAUCUUGGUCCUUAGAGAAAGUCAAGGAAGAAAUACAGGAUGCCAUUUCACAGAAGUCUGAAGCUGAUUUGAGGGUGCCUGAUGAUACAGAACAGAGUGAAAUGCCCUGAGUUAAAAAAAUGGAAGCAACCUGUUUGACAGUUCCUAGGGACUGCUGCCAAGUUGCUGUGUGUCAGAGGGGGAUGAGAAACACCACGUGGGAGCUACAAAAAUCCUGGUGAUGUUGCUUGCUGCAAGCCUGCUGCAAAGAACUGCACAGCUGUUCCAAAUGAAGAACCUUCUCUAGAGUGUUCAUUGUAGUUUUUUUGGAAUUAAACAUUCAUUUUAAUGGUAGUACAUGUUGUGAUUUGCCCUCCUGGAAGCUGUGGUGAAAGUGCCUGUUGAGUGUUGUAGAAGCCCCAGCUAAACUGAGAGUAUAGAGGUGACUGGAAGUGGCUUUAUCAGGUCUUUUCCCUCACUUCCCCAUCACUGAACUCACCUGUAACAAAACCCUCCUUAUUCUGUACAGAAUAUCACAGCAUUUAUAUAAAACUGGGGGCUCUGUAUUGCA